AUGUUAAACAUGCGUGUUCCUGGCCAUGUGUCUCGGCCUGAGGGGUGGCAUCUGGCUGCGUCCUGCCUGCAGCCCCUGAGCGAUGGAGGCCGGCUCGUCUCCGAGGAGCUGCCCCUGUUUGUGGGGGAUGUCAUAGAGGUGCUGGAGGCCGUGGACGAGUUCUGGCUCCUCGGGAAGAAGGAGGGGGUCACAGGGCAGUUCCCCAGCAGCUUCGUGGAGGCCGUGGCUCUUCCCAGUUUGACGCAGGGAGAGAAGCUGUUUGUCUGCACAAAUGACUUCGCGUCCCAGGAGCCGGGGAGCCUGUCGCUGCAGAGAGGAGACCUGGUGAUCCUGAGUGGCCCCCUCACCGUCAGCUGGCUCCAGGGCAGAAGCUGCUGGGGCUCCAAGGGCUCCUUCCCGUCCUCGUGCGUGCGGGAGCUUUGCCUCUCGCCCUGGCGCCGCCGGCCCCCCCAGAGCCCCGUCCUGGUGCCUGCCGACGCGCUGGGCCAAGCCCGGGCAUUGAUGAGCCUCUCUGCGCAGCUGGAGGAGGAGCUGGACUUCAGGGAAGGGGAUGUGAUCACUAUUGUCGAGAUCCCCGAGCCCGGCUGGUUCACGGGGGAGCUGGGCGGUCGGCGCGGGAUCUUCCCGGAGGGAUUUGUGGAGCUGCUGGGUCCCUUGAGAGUGCCAGGGGGCCCAGAGGGGCCGGGGCCCUCCGAGGGGCCCCGUGUUAACGGCGUGGCAGAGGGGUGCCCUGAGCAGGAAGGGGGCCCGUGCGGCAUCGCGCUCUACCGGUUCCAAGCUCUGGAGCCCAACGAGCUGGAUUUCGAUGUGGGAGACAGAAUCCAGAUUAUUGUGGGGGUGCUGGAGGAUGGCUGGCUGGAGGGCCAGCUGCGGGGGAGGCGGGGCAUUUUCCCUCACCUGUUUGUGAGGCUGGAGGCUGGGAACUUGCAGGGAGAAGGCAGCUGUGGGCAGGCCACCUGCCAGGACCCCGAGGAGGCCUGCACCGGGGCCCUUUCCCUGCCAGGGGAGCAAGGGGGCUGGCACCCUGUGGGAGAGAGACCCAGCACAACUGCAUCAAGGCCAGAGGGUCUCUCUGAUGCUGGGUUUGGGGAGUGCAAGCCUGCACCCUCGGGCGGGCACCCUCCCAGCACAGGGCCCCUUCCCACGGACUCUGCAAAGGCCAUCAAUGGCAUUUCCCCCACUCCCCAGCCAACAGGCAGACUCCACUGCCGGGUGGUUGUAUUGGAGCCCAGCCAGAGUCCUGGGCCCUCGCAAAGGCCCUUGGAGAUCCCUGCCUCGCCUGAGAAGAAUGCCCCAGGGGCACCAGGCUCCCCCCUGCACAGUAGCCAGAGCCAAGCCUUCCCUUCUCCCAGCAGCUGGGCUGCGGCAGAGCCUGGCGAAGGCCGGACGAGCACCCUUUUCCAGGACCUGGCCAGCUGGGUGGAGGAGCAAAAGCAGAAAUCCAGAUCUUGCUCUUCCAGCUUCCGGGGUGCCCAUGAAGGCCUGGGUUCGUGGCCUGAGGCCCAAGCAGACUGGCCCUCACCCAUGCUGCACGGAGACAGCGGCGCGGACCUUGACUGCAAGCUGACCGAGCAGCUGGCGCAAUUUGAGCAAAGCCUGGCCAGCACGGGAGCCGAGUCGGACAAGGGGGUCCCCCCCCACUUCUCCAUCCUGGACUACAGCUCGGAGGAGGACAUCGUGCGGGGCUCCCCCGAGGGCACCCCCCACUGGAGGCUGCCGGAGAGGAGGAAGGCCCUCAGGCCCCCACCUCCUCGCCCCAGCGCCCCAGCUCUGCCUCCCUCCUUCUCAGUGCGGCCCUCCCGGCCAGCCCCUCUGCGCCAGAGGAGGAAGACAGCUUCUCCACAGCUGCAGCCCAGGCAGGGGGACUCCGAUAGGGCCGCUGCGUGUCAGUGCCCCUUUCUGCUGACGAGGGCCCGGGAGGUGGAACAGGAGCUGGAGGUUUAUGGCAAGACUCGAGCUGAGCUGAACUCGCUCUUGGAGGAGCAGCAGGAUGAGCUGGAGAGAUCGGAGACCUUGGAGAACCUGGAGUUCUGUGACUCCAGCAUGAGAAGCCUCAUUGCGGAGCUGCAGGAGCUGAGAGAAAUGACCCUCCUUUCCUCGCGGCCCACGGCCCUGGAGGAAGCAGCCGGCACAGCUGCCACGGAAAAGCAAAGGAUGCUGGAGAAAAGGUCAAAGGUCAUUGAGGAGCUCCUGCAGACCGAACGGGAUUACAUCCGCGACCUGGAGAUGUGUGUGGAGCGGAUCAUGGUGCCUCUGCAGCAGGCGCAGGGGCAGAGCGUGGACUGUGAGGGGCUCUUUGGAAACAUGCAGAUGGUGAUUAGCUUCUCCAAGCAGCUGCUGUGCACCCUGGAGGCUGCGGAGGCCAUUGGGCCGGCGUUCCUGGAGCACCGGGCCGGGCUGGAGGAGGUGUACAAAGUGUAUUGCCAGAACCACGAUGAGGCCAUUGCGCUGCUGGAGGCCUACGAGAAGGACGAGAGGGUCCAGAAACACCUGCUGGACUCCCUGGAGAGCCUGAGGAGCCUGUACAGGGAGUGGUAAGUGCCCCUCGCCCUUACUCACUGCAUGCCUGGCCCUGCCCCCUCCCAGCACUAACC